AUGAUCCUGCUAACACCUGAGAGAUUCUACUCACAAUUUAACAACCGGGAGCGGCAGCUCAAGCAGUCCUACUGUGUGAGGGACUUCUACUUGUGCUACGAGGUGGACGGCCCCCAGCUGAUUCGAGGCUGCUUGCGGGUGCCAGGCGGGCCCUCUGGGCACAGGAAAGACGACCAUGUGGAACUGCGCUUUAUUGAAGAGAUUGCUUCCAUGGGACUGGACCCAGACCAGAGCUACCAGAUCACCUGUUACCUCACGUGGAGCCCCUGCCCGGGCUGUGCCUGGAGACUGGUGGACCUCCUUGGGGACUACCCCAACCUGAAGCUACACAUCUGCACCUCCCGCCUCUACUUCCACUGGCGCAAGGACCAUAUUGAAGGGCUGCGGCAUCUCUGGAUGUCCAACGUCUUCGUCACCGUCAUGACCAGAGAUGACUUUGAUCACUGCUGGGAAUACUUCGUGGACAACCAGGGAAAAGCGUUUGAACCCUGGGAGAAGCUGGAUUUACAUACUGAGCGCACAAAACGAAGGCUUCGCAGCAUCCUGGGGGAGAGAAAUUCCCCUGCUAACACAGGACCCCUCUCUGUGCAGACGGAGCAGCUGUGGGCUGUGAGCCCCCUGCCCGGGCUGGCAGUGCGACCCCCUGAGGCAGUGCCCUCUGUGUUGUGGUUUUUUAAAGAUGCCAUCCCCACCAUCUACACCAUCCUCCCCAUCCCCCCAUCCUCCCCAUCCCCACCAUCCUCCCCAUCCUCCCCAUCCUCCUAA